AUGGAGGCGGCUACUGAGCGCCACUUCUUCCACCAUGGCGGCAGUGAGCCGACUGGUACGAAGGCAUCGGCUAGGGCUCUCGAAAAAGAAAAAGAAAACUGCCAUUGGUGCCAGAUCCGUUCGUUUCCGAAACACAAGCAAUACCCAAUCACGAUAGUGAACGAAGUAGAUGAGGCAGUCAUCCCAUCCACCUUCCGGUUUCUACAACACUCGAAGCUCGGGACCGGCGUUCAGGCCGCCGAGGAUAGUUUCCGCACCGGCUGCGAGUGUGAAGACGUUGAGGAAUGUCAGUACAGCGGUUGCCUGUGCCUGCAGGAGCAAGAGGACGACUCGGACGAUGAGGGGCACGCAAGGAGAAAGGUCUACAUGUACCACAUGCACGGUGCCAAGGCUGGUCUGCUGCGCAGCAAGUUUUUGAAGUCAAAGCGACCUAUUUAUGAAUGCCACGAUGGCUGUGCGUGCGCCGAGAGCUGCCCGAACCGUGUGGUUGAAAGAGGUCGCAAGGUGCCUUUGCAGAUCUUCCGGACGGAGAGGACUGGAUGGGGAGUACGCUCGCUGGUCGAUAUCAAAAAGGGACAGUUCGUCGACAAGUACAUUGGAGAGAUUAUCACGCCACAAGAAGCCCAGCGUCGCCGCAGUGCGUCCAGUAUCGCCGAGCGGAAGGACGUGUACCUCUUCGCGCUCGACAAGUUCACCGACAAGAAGUCGCCCGACGUGCGCCUCCGAGGACCGCCACUCGAGAUCGACGGGGAGUUCAUGUCUGGCCCAACCCGGUUCAUCAACCACUCAUGCGACCCGAACCUGCGCAUUUUCGCGCGUGUGGGAGACCACGCCGACAAGCAUAUCCACGAUAUUGCCAUGUUUGCGCUCAAGGACAUCCCGAGAGGAGAGGAGCUGACGUUUGACUACGUCGACGGCGUCAAUGAGGAAGACGACGAUGCCAAGGACAAGAGCAAGCAGGGCGACAUGGUUAAGUGCCUAUGUGACAGCAAGAACUGUCGUAAAUUCCUGUGGUGA